UCCCCUCUGGGCACUGCCCCCGGCCGGCUCCCAUGGCCUCUGGGCCCUGUCCAUCCUUGCCAGGGCCUGUCCAGCCUCCCGCUGGGCAGUUUUGCCCCCAUUUGGGCCGGGUUUGGGUGAGAUAAGGAGAGGCCUCCAGGACUUCAGAGGACAUGAGCCGGCCCACGAGGACAGGUGGAGGGUCCGCAGCGAUCCAGGGCAGCGCCGACUCCCACCCGCCCCUGAGAAGACUCCGCUCUGGGAAUGUGGCCGGAACCAGCCCCAGCUUCACUAAGGAAGUGACAUCAUGGCGGAGAGGAGGACUUGUCUCCUGGCCGCUGACUGAGGGGAGCACGGGACUGCUGGCUCCAUCCCCACAGAGGGUGACAUCAUGGGUGGGGCACAGGGUGAGCAGCACCCAUGCAGGGUCAGCAACUUCUGUCAACCGGCCAGGCAUACCAGGGCCGGUCUCCAGCCAUGCCACCAUCGUGGCCCGGACUGACAUGAGCUCUGGACAGAAGCCACGGCCUGGUUGUCCGAGGAAGGGCUUCGCAUACAUCACCAUCACAGCCAGGAGAGUGGGGCCCCCUACCUCUGCACCCGCCCAGACCUCCCGUGGAGCUGCCGGAGACCCUCCCCACAUGAUGUUUGUCAGGGGCGAGGGGCUAGGGAAAGCCCCCACCCAGCCCAUCGGACACAUCCACCUCACUGGCCCAGCCCCCCUCACCAGCCACUCCCACUCAACUGGCCAUGGACACCUCUCCAGCCGUGUCCACCAAACGCAUGCCUACCUCACCAGCCACAGCCACCUGGCCGGCCACAAAUGCAUUACUGGCCCUCCCAGCCUCACUGGCCAUGCCCACCUCUCAGGCCCCACGGAGUACUUCCACCCCACCCACACUUCCGGCCCCGUCCACACCACUGGCCACACCCCUGGCCACUCUUCCACUGGGCCCUCAAGCAGACAAGGACAAUCAUUCCAUCAGGGAGACUUGGGGAGCAUCGGAUCAUCGGCCCCUUGCUCGCGGAUGCGGGCAGGUGGGGGUCCGGCCUGGGAGACCAACAUCCGACAGCCAGGGGCCAGGGCGGACCACUCAGUGAGCACCUUUCCCAGUGCCCCGCCCCGUCUCUUCACCUCCUGCCUCUUCCUGCGAGUUUCUUGGCCAGGCCCCCGUUCGGUUUCCCCUUCUGCUGGUCCGCCUCCCACUCUUGCCACUGCCAAACAGUCUCCAGGCCCCAGGCCCCGGACACAGUGGUCUGCCACUGCUCUGUUUCCCGAGGAAGACGCCCACAGCAUAGACCCCGGAGGCAUCGGCAGCCAGUCUCAGGUCAGGCUGGUGAGGGACAGCACAGGAGGAGAUGGGUCCGGGCCACAAACAAUCUGGGAUGGCCGGUGGGAACGGCCACGUGACGGGCCACCAUCACAACAUGAAGGGGUGUUGGACAGUGACAAAUUGCAGCGGACACAGUCCCUGGGGACCAGGGCAGGCCCCUACCAAUCGGCCAGCAGAGUCAGCGUGGUGCCAGCGAGGACGGGAAAAGAAGAUGAAGCCUCGAAUGGCUGGAAACACGUGUCAGCUGUUGCCUUCACCGACUGGAGCUGCUUGGCAGGUGACUCCAAGCGCCGUGAUUUCACUGCGAUGCGAAAGAGAAGCGAGAAAAGCAACAGAUCAGAGAUGCUCCUCAAGCCCUUGACCUUCUCAGCGGCCGCCAUCUGGAGCCCAGAUGCUUCUCACUGGCCGGUUGUCGACUCUGAGUCAGAGAAGACCCCUCCCAGCCCCCUGACCCUAAGGGAAGCAUUGCAAGUACACCGUCCUCAGUUCAUCUCUCGCUCCCGGGAGCGUCUGGAGAAGCUGCAGCACAUGGUCCAGCAGAGGAAGGCGCAAUGCCGUGGCAGAAGUGCAGAGACCCAACCGGCCACCCCCGCACCCACCCCCACUCCCAAGCUGAGCAGGAAGAAGCAGUUCACGGUCCCUCACCCACUCAGUGACAACCUGUUCAAGCCCAAGGAAAGGUUCAUUUCAGAGAAGGAAAUGCACAUGCGUUCUAAAAGGAUCUACGACAACUUGCCCGAGGUGAGAAAGAAAAAAGAAGAGCAAAUGAAAAGAGUCAUUUUACAGACCAAUCAACUCCGAGCUAAAGUCUUCAAAAAGCAACUGCUGGACCAGCUCCUCCACAGAAACACAGAUUAGCUGGGUUGCAGCUCCGGCCCGCUUCCGUUCCCUGCACCCAGAAUGACUUUGGACUCUGGCUUAGCACCCACACACGCCAACACCUCCAGUCCCAGCCGGGAAGCGAUGAGGUCCGGCCUCCUCUCUCCACAGCGUAUGGGAAGCGGAGCACUGAUGCAAGAGCCAUCAUCAAGCCUGGACAUUCACAGCCACAUGACCUACUAGUUGGGGACACUGCAAGGAAGGAAUUUCAGGGCAGGGUGGCUUCCAUCCCACCCAUUUCUACCACUGAGGCCCAGGCAGGGAAAGCUGUCAAAAAUGCAGCGAGCUCAUCCUUCCAAGGUUUCCUCCCGACUGCUUCCUGGAGGGAAAACCCACAAGAAAAUCAGGCUCGGUGAUCUUUUAAGGAUGUAAAGUGAAGUGAAGUGAGCGGGGAGGGGGUCCAAGGCACCUGGCUCGAGGGUCUACGGGCUGCCACCAUCAUUAACGUGGUGGGCCGACGGAGCGAGGAAGAGUUCCAGGCAGAGACACCUGCCAUCACGCCCCUCCAACAGCCAUUUGCGCCACUUUCCUCUCUGGCCUUGCUCCUCACUGCUUCCUGCCCCUUCGCUGGGUUUUGACAGAGCAAUUUCGGUAAGGGAUGGCGAAUUUGGACAGAGAAACCUGCAGACAAAUAGCUGGAACAAGGGCUAAGUCACUCCGGAGUUUCUCCUAAAACCUGCAAAAUGACAGUAUCUGCGCUCUAUCUACCCACCUUGGGUUUUUUCCUAUGCACAUUGGAAAGUUUAAAAGCAAUUAGUUUUUUCUCCAAAAAGUGGAAAUAAACGUUAUCAGAAGAAAAUUG